AGCUUUCUCUCUCCUCUGUGACCUUCUUUUCGAAUUAAAAUUUCGACUAAAAAUCGACGGGGGUGUGGUGCAGGUGACGGGCAAUCCCAGCGCCUCGCUCACUUCUUCUCUCUCUUCUCUCAAAUCCAGCAUUGGCUCAUUCCUUUUCUUCUCCAAAUCCAGUUUCAUCGCAUUGCCGACGCUCUCCUUUCUCUUCUUCCACAAAUCCAGUUGUUCUCCUACCUCUUCUUCCCCGAAUCCAAUUUCAAUCGCCGACGACGCUUUUCUUUUUUUUCUUCUCCAAAUCCAAUCGCCGAAGCUCUCCUUCCUCUUCCCAAAUCCAAUUUCAUCACCUCCGACGUCCUCCUUCCUCUUCUUCUCUAAAGCAUAGCGACUGCCGGCCUGCCUGCCUCCACCAUCCUAGGGUUUGCGGGAGAAGGUUUGCUGAUGAGGGAAUUGGAACGAAGUUCGGUGAUGAUCAAUAGAGCAUUUGAGCAUCCUAUUAAGCGGGCGGGUUAAAUGGGCCCAUAAUUUGGGUCGCGGGUCAGAACGGCGGGCGGGUUAGCCCGUAUUCAAGGGAAUAAUCAUUUGUAAAAUUAGGUGUUUCUGAAACUUGAAGGAAAGAGAAGCAAUGUUUUUCCACAUAGUAUUGGAACGGAACAUGCAGCUUCAUCCACGUCACUUUGGCCGUGAUCUUCGGGAUAAGCUUGUGACCAAGCUCAUGAAAGAUGUUGAAGGCACUUGCAGCGGCCGGCAUGGAUUCAUUGUGGCAAUAACGGGAAUUGAAAGUGUUGGGAAAGGUUUAAUUCGAGAUGGAACGGGUUUUGUUACCUUUCCAGUGAAGUAUCAGUGUGUUGUGUUUCGGCCAUUUAAGGGAGAGAUUGUAGAAGGUCCUGUUUCAAUGGUGAACAAGAUGGGUUUUUUCGCUGAAAUUGGACCCGUCCAAGUUUUUGUGUCGAAUCAUUUGAUACCAAAUGACAUGGAGUUUCAAUCUGGAGACAUACCGAAUUACACAACUUCUGAUGGAUCUGUCAAAAUUCAGAAAGACACUGAAGUCCGGCUGAAGAUAAUCGGAUGUAGAGUUGAUGCUAUAGAAAUUUUCUGUAUCGGCACAAUAAAGGAUGAUUUUCUUGGGGUUAUCAGUGAUCCCGGCUCGACAUCUUGAUGCAAUCUGCUGUUAUUUAAGCUAGUUUUCUUUCGAGCUCCUAAGUCGCCAGGUACUUGCGACGAUUUUCGAUGUUGUGACAUACUUGUCUGGACAACCUAUUGCCAAUUCUGAGCUGUCUGUUUUUAUAUGUUUAGUAUGAGGUGAUGAAAGAAUAAGUCUCUACAAUGACUUUGAAGAACGGCAAGUAUAUGUUCAAAUUGUGUUAAACGGACAAGUAAUGUUAAAAUCUUUCAAAUCUUUGCAGCAA